GCUCGUCGUAUUUGGUAAAUAAGGUUUGACCUCGUGGUGGGGAGAGAGAGAGUCAAACUGGAUUAAACGCUGCUGGCAGGAGCAGCAGCAGGAGGAGGAGGAAGAGGAGGGCGACCGAAAAACAACCUGGUCUCCCGUGGCUAGAUAACAGCCCCCCUUUCUUUUCCCCUUUUGCACAUGCAGUUAUACCUCAUAUAAAAAACAGAUUUGGACUCGUCCUUCCCGUUGACCUCGUCUUCUUGCAGAGUUUGCAGAGACACGCGGGGAAGCUGCGCGACAGCUGCGGGUGAGUGUCUGAAAUCGCUAUUACCGCAGAUUAGCAUGCAUUGGCUAAUAAAUAUUCACGGCAAAGUGGGAUUUUCUACCUUUGCUGCUAUUUUAAUCCCCCUUUCUGUGUCGCUUCGACCUCCAAACGCUUCAAUCCUCUGCAGCGCGUGCUGACGUGCCCGACGUCCAUUUCUGCUCCACGGCAAACUUUACCAACGGAGUGGGACUUCCCUCCUCCAAAAACACGGAAAACGACAGAUAGCACGGUUAUUAAGUGAGUUAUAUGCGUGUAAAACAGCUGUUAUGUUAGUUGAGACAGUUAUCAGUUAGCUAUUAACGUGGCACGCGUUUGUUAUUGUACAGGCUCGUGGCUUCACGCCCACGAGGAAGUUCAUAGGCUGAACGCGGCCAUAACAUAUCCAGGAUUUAUGAUGCAUAACUUUAAUAUUUUGUGGUCUAUAGAUGUUAUAAAAGCGUAUACACAGAAUAUAACGUGACCACGAAGGAAUUAUUACGUUUAAACUGUAUACGCUGAAGUUUUACUACAACUAGAGACAAAACUUAACAAGUCUGUGGCAGGAAAAAGAGUAUAUUUACCAUUUUUUACCCUCAUAUUUUGAUAGUUUGGGGUAAAUACAUUCAAGAAAGGCAAUUUGACUUGACCUGCUCCUUUUAAAUAAGCAUUAAAAAUGAAUAAUAAGUUAAACAAAUAAAUAAAUAAGCAUUCUCUUAUUGCUAAUGUUCAUUUUAAUCAAAGUUCUAAACGUUUCUGUAAUGUUAUUUUAAUAAUUAAUUUUCUUAGUCUUUUUCUUAAUUCCUGUCACAGAGGUUUUUUCUUCUUUUACCCCUUUUUAUAAGGUAAAGAGCUCUUGUCAGUUCAUUUAAUACUAUUUUCUUGUUUUAGUUUUUUAUCAUUUUUAUUUUUAUCUCCAGUGUUUCCCAAAGGUAGCUCUCUCCUCACGUAAUGUCUCAGUGUUAGGCCAUGUCUCUUUAACAAUAUAUCUUAAAUUCUCAGUUUCUGUGUGUGUAUGUGUGGGUGAGUGAGGGUGGGUGUGUGUCUGUGUGUGUGGGGGUCCAUGGGUGGAUGUGUGGGUGGGAGGGUCGGGUUUUAUUGUUGUUUAACUGUCGUUUUUAGCCACUGUGAAGCACUUUGAACGACAUGUUUUUGUCUGAAAAGUCUGCUUUGAUUGCACAUUGACCUGCAUCUGAUUCAGAUCAGAAUAGAUCAGAUUAGAUAUAACUUUAUUGAUCCUUUUGGGAAGGAAAUCUCAAGGAAGUUACAGUGUGUGAAUCAAGUACGACAUCGUAUAUCUAAGCCUGUUUACAUCUGUUAUCACAAGUACAGUACGUUUCAUGGCAUGUGUGUAAUAAGAUAUUUUGUAGCAUUUGCUGCAAAAGAAAGUCUGUUUGAGGUCUUUUCAUAAAUGUGUUUAUCAGAAACUGUUCUUUUCUCCAUUAACUACAGACAGAUUUGUUUGACAUAUGUGUUUCAGGCUGAACUUUGGUUGUGAUUGAAUAUUUAAAGUCACAGACUUCUUGUUGAAUAGGUUGUUCAGUGUGUUAGAAAAGCACAGAUCUUUCAGUAAACUUUGUUCUUUUUUCGCUUUUCUACAUUUGCCCCUAAACUACAAAUCUGAUACUGACAACAACUGUUAACAUUACUGUAUAAAAAAGGACAAUUAAGGUAAUUUUUACAUCGUAUUUUUAAUAGCUCUUGAAAAUUUAUAGGGAAUUCUAAAGUGCCAGCAGUAUAAUUCACUACAGUAGAUUACUGUAUCUCUACAGUAAUCUCAAUUCUCUUUCCUUUUAAUGAAAAAUGACAUACUCUUUCAUUUUAAAACUUUUUUUUUUGUUUGUUUACUUAGUACCUAUUUUGGUUUGAAAAUUCACCACAUUAACCCAACAGACUUUCUCCGUCUUGUAGGAAACAUGGUUUUGAGCACGUUUCCCUUGUUAAAGGUGAUGACGCUGCUCCUUACACUUUGUUGAAUCACCACUGCUUGGAAAUGGGAGAAAAAAAAUCUGAGUUUUUCCUCUAGAUCAGCAGCAGUCACAGAGAACCGAACGGUAUUCAGCUGUAGACAUGUGCCCAUGCUUGCAGUGCCAGGCUAUUUUAAUACUAGUGAGUCAACAGCUUAGGGAUGGACAGUAGUAGAGUUUGGUAACAACUGAGGUUUGGUGUACUGUACCGACCAUACAGUCAGUGUGCUUUCAAAAAUGUCUCACGGUGACCUUGUAUAUCCGCUGUGCAGCAAAAGUGACCUUUAACUUCUUUUGUAUUUUCGUUUUAGCCUGUAUAAAUAGUCCUCAUAGCUGAGGUGUUGUCACUGAUGCGGAGAGGGAACAAAGUGUGUUUUCACCUCCUCCUUACCACGCCCACACUGGCACAUGGGAAGUUGCACAAGCGGUCGUUGUGUAGUAAACACUAACCUCUUCCCAGUAGUUUCAGAUUGUGCAAGAUAGAUUAGAUUAAAAAUGAAAACAAAAUGCUUUUUAAGUUUGUUUUUACAGACACAGCAUGGGGUUUUAAAACCUCGUAACUUGCAUCAAUAUUAGGAUUUGUGCUUUAGUUACCCAGCCCACUAGAGGAUCUUGCAUGAUCUUGCCGCUUUACUGAGCUGACUCAGCAUUAAGAUAAUUGUUUUAAGGAUAACCUCUCAUUAAUCUUCAAUUAUGUUUUAUUGAUAUAUGAUAAAUAUAUUUUGCGGCAACUUCAGGUUUUAUUGAGAUGGACACAAAAAGCCAAAGCAAGUGUAUUCAGCACUCAGAACAGGUUUAUAUGCAACACUAGGAAAUGAAGACAGAAAUAACACCGCAUCAUAAAAAGAUAACAUCUGUAGCAGCCACAAUGUUGUGCAAGAAAUGAAUAUAGUAUAGCCUCAAUCCAGUUAUAAUACGAUUUGAUUUCUCUCGGUCGUCCUCAGACAAGCCUUCCAUCGUUGCUUCCAGUCAUCCUGAUUCUCCAUACAUCUCGCCAGUUCUUUGGUACUCUGAGCUCCUGCGUCCUUCUUGAGUAUGUCCACGUAUGAUAGUGUAGGACGUCCUCUUAACCGAUGCCCAUGUGUUGGUUCCCACGGCACCAAUUUGCUGGCUGGCAGUUCCUGAUGCCUUUGGCAGUGUCCCGCUAGUCUCAUUCUCCUUACAGCAAUCUUCUCGCUCACCCUUGGUAUUCCCUCGUACAGUGUUCUGUCAGUUAAAUGUGCGUUCUUGCUGAUGUUAAGCACUGCACGCAACAUCCUGGUGUAGCACACAUCUAGGGAUUACUCCAGGGUUGGCUUCAGGGUCCAGCAUUCACUGCCAUAGAGGAGAACGGACUCUACUGUCGCGUAGAAGAAGCAGAGUUUGAUUUGGCGUGGGAGGUUGGAGUUCCAUACACCGGUCAUGCCAUUCAGGGCUCUCCAUGCAAGUGCCUUCCUUACUUUCAGAUCUCACUUAUAGAUAUUUGAAGUCCUCGACUUUGGAUUUAGCUUCCAAAAAAGUGAAUGAUUUAAUAGAACUGGGAGUUAUUUCAGGAUAUGUGAUGCAUAAAAACGGAAUGUUGCCGGGACUUUAAUACGACUCGAUAGUUCAUGACAGAGCAGAUCAGAAAAGUGUUUUUUUUUUUGUUUAUAUCAUUCAGUGUUGAGUAAACCAACAGUAUUUCAGUGCGAUGUGUGAAACAGGAACAAAGUAGUUCCUCUCUGUCCAAUGGGAUUCAAAUCACUUAACAAGUGAGUCAGAAUUUACCACCCAGCUCUCCAACAUGUUGUCAUCAGCUGUCUCCGAUGUGCUGAAAACCGACACCACGAUAACAGAAAUAUUUCCACUGUGCUUUUCAAGCUUAAUGGCCUUCAGGACCGCAGUUAUGAGCUAGUACUUGCUUGGCAUUAUUUUGUGUGUGUGAUGAUAAUUGCAGUUUCAAGGACAUGUGGGAAAAAGCUCUUCUGCAGGAAAUUGAGGCUGCAGGAGGUUACAGUAGACCCAUAUUUAUUCCCAUGAGCUUAUAACAUAUGUUGAUGUAUAAGGAGUGAACAUUGUCUCUGGUUUUAUAUGAUCAAGCAUCUCGGAUCAAGUGUGGGAACAUAAGGAAGUCGCCUUUCCCACUACGAUUAACAGUGGACAACUGUACGGUCUCUUAGGAGAAUUUCUUUUACUUUUAUCAUUAUUGUUUUUAUUAUUUUUACGUCGGCAGGGUCUCUCCAUGUUAUGUUUGUUAUUGUAGGAGACCGUAGCAUUGAAACUCACAUGCCUCUGUUGUACAGUCACACUCGACCCCACAGCAGUGUCAUAUUUCUCUCCUUUUGAAGUGGCUUUUUUCGAGCCAAAGCGAAGGCAUUGUUGGAAAUGUCGACUCAACCUAACUUUGAGUCAGCCUAAAGGUGAUUGACUGUAAUUUCUGGAAAGCGGCUGUUGCACCACCUACUUGUCAGUCGAAUGAGACGUGCUUUUAGCUAUGCAAAUCUAUGCAAAACCUUACGGUGAUCAAAAUAAUAUUGUGUCUGUCAAACCAAAACUGUUUUGUAAAAAAGUCUAAUUCUGCCAUAAAAAUAGAUGUUUAAAUGGAUCUUGAUCUGGAUUGGAUUUUGAUGUGGAUCGGCUCAUGAGUCUUUUAGUGUUGCAGUAUUUAGUAGGGGAGACCAGGGCUUGUUGCCACACUUUUUAAACUCAUGUAUAUUUUGUGGAAUCAAAACAUCAUAUAUAAUAAACAAAAUGUGUACCAGAUAAAAGACCAAAGUCUCAGGUAUAUAUUUCAUGUUCAUGUCAUUUUCAUAUCUUGUGUCAGUGCAGAGUUAUAAGCAAUCAAAUAGAGAGUGUGAACAUGUGACGUGUUGCCCAAUCAUCGGGUAAGUUGUCUCACUAUAUGGGGUUACAUGUCAAAGUGGAUUUUGCAGCUUAUAAAACAAGGACAAAAUUAUUGUUGUUCCCCAUUUUUCCCCAUGAAAGUGAACAUCAGAGUCAGGCACAGAAAAUGUUAAUUAUUGAGCUCAAAAAGUCAUUGAACAAACGUUAACGUAAAAUGUUAUGCAACAUGCUCUGGAGUUUGGAGGGCUGUCUGACCCUGGAUUUCGGCUGGGGUGAAUGUUUUGCUGUACCGAGCCAAAGUAUGGUCGUUGACAUUAAAGUCCUUUCUUGUAAUCCAGAUUGAUUUAUUGGCUAGGGUCACCGGCCUGACUGCCCUCAACAUCACGUCAGGCUCUACACUACCAUGUUCUGUUUCCCUUUGUAAUUCCUGACCAUAUCUUCUUGCUUUCUCCUCUCUUUCUGUAAAAGUAAAGCCAAAAUUUCUGUAUGACAACUGCUUAUGAGCUGACUUUCUAUGUCUCAAAUGACCCCAAAAUGACUGAGACAUGUUGCCCCAAACUACCAUGUUUGCUAAUUCUAGCUCUAGCUUAAAGUUAGCUUAAAACAGAACAAUGACUGAGGUAUGACAGGAUGUCUUAACCUCUCCUCUAACAAGUCUGCAUGUAUCACUGCUAGGAAGAAGCUUAUUUUAAGAUAUAUACAAUUAAAUUUUUUACUUUGGGUUGUGCGAAAUGGUUAAUUGGCGCUCAUCUCAGCUCACAAUGUGCUCCUCUCAGACAGGACAUGAUCCCUGACUAAAGGAAGAAAACUAGUAUUCCAAUUUUUAGUUGCGCCCUCUGGUGGCAAAGAUAAUUGCAACGUGACAACUUACCCGCGUGACAACAAGCCCUGGGGUCCGUUUCACGUAGGUGGUUCAACAAACUCUGAGUUAAAUCCUUAACUCUGAGUUGAUCUACUCUGAGUUCGGAAACUCUGAGUUUCCGGUUUCACAACACCUGAUUCGAGACGGUUUUAACAACUCCGAGUAGUUUGACCUGGAGUUAAGCACGUGCACGCCAGACAUAAACAGCCAGCAUCUGUGGAGCGCAGAUUCAAUGAUCAACCAAUGGAAACAGGGAGAAGGAGGGGGCAGCAGCAAGCCAACAGCGAAUGACAGCACGUUUUUAAAAGAAAGUGCAAUACAGCAGCAGCUGCAAAGGAGAGGGAGAGGGCUUGGGAGGAAAUCGCUGCUCGCGUCAAUGCGUAACUUUAAAUCUAGUCUCGUGCAAACACAAUGACAGACUGUUGCAGGGAAACUGCUUGAAUCAUUUUGAUCAUGUUUUACAUUGUCAAGUAAGUAUUAAGUGGCAGUUUGAUCCCUUAGAAAAUGCUCUUUUCACACUCAAAAAUGAAUUUUACUCUCUUAUGAUGUUCCGUUAAAUGAUUAGGAAUAUUAAACUAACUCUCGGGGGGGGGGGGGGGGGGGGGAUUUGCGAUCGGACCGGCCGCGAUCGUCGAACGGGGGUGGGGUGGGGGGCAGCUCCUCUGCCUCCGUUAAAGGUGGGGCUGCUGGACCACCACCCGUUUUUGUGUUAGUUUAAUAUUCCUAAUCAUUUAACGGAACAUAAUAAGAGAGUAAAAUUCAGUUUUGAGUGUGAAAAGAGCAUUUUUUAAGGGAUCAAACUGUCACUUAAUACUUAGUUGACAAUGUAAAACAUGAUCGAAAUGAGAAAAUGCCGAUGUCUCACCUGAAACUCUGGGUUUACUGAGUUAAACCUGCUCCCGAGCAGGUUAGGUUCACGGAGUCUGUUACUGUGGUAACUGACCGCGAGGUUGAGUUACCUCUCUUUGUGAAACAGGUUAGAGUUACCCCUCUCUCCCUGGUUUAACUAACCCUCCUUUGUGAAACGGAAAACUCAGAGUUUCCCUGAUUUCAGGGUUAACAAACUCGGAGUUUCCACUAAACCUGCUACGUGAAACGGACCCCUGGUCUCCCCUACAACAAACAUGACUCUCAAGCAAUUCACCUGAUAAUCAACACUUCUAAAAUAAGCUACAUUAAAACACACAGGCAGUUUUUUUCAGCAAAGUAGCACUCUGUGUGUCUCUCAGGACUAUUUUUUUGUGAUUUGUUUUUGCUUUUGGUCCCUUCUGUUUGAGAGAAUCAGUGUUAAGUCACUCAGAUGUACAGAGAAAGUGUGAGACACAACAAAACGAGAAAGUAAUCUACAAAUCCCUGCUUGGGACGUUUCUUUAAAAUGUCUCACGAGUCUCACUGUUAAUCCUUUGUGUCACAAAACACAGCAACCUCUGUCUUCAGCCUGCUGUGUUAAAUACACAGAGUGGCCCUAAAGGAGGACGAGUGGCCCACUUACUGACUCACUCAGCAGCAGCCGGACACACAAACCCUCACAUCGUCCUCCCUCUCUUUCAGGAGCAGCUUUUUCCAUUGGCCCAAAUCCCAGCUGAGCCGUGUCGAAGCACGUCGUCACACCCACAAAAGCGGCACCUGUAUAACACACUGACACACUCAGUGAGGCUGCAGCCUGUAACACACAGGAAUGCAGUCGGUGCUCAGAUAAGAAAAAGAGUGAUGAAAGAAGUGUUUGGACUAGAUUUUUUUAGGUGUCACAUCAGGUGAAAGUCGUGGUGUGAAGCGACGUAAACCUCACUUGUACAUUUGACACUUUGAAACGAUAUUUUAAGAUCCGGUUCAUUAUCACAAAUGCAUGUCUUCACAGCCCUCCCCUUUUGUGCGGGAGUGUGUUGGUGAGUGUGGCGCUAACUCAGGAAUAGCGGGUCACGAGUAUUUUUAGACAAAGUAUUAAAGUCAUCCCAAGAUGCGACAGCUGUGUGAGGUUGUGUGUGUGUGUGUGUGUGUGUGUGUGUGUGUGUGUGUGUGUGUGUGUGUGUGUGUGUGUGUGUGUGUGUGUGUGUUCCUCGUCAGCAGCAGAGUGUGUGUUUACGAUAGAUCUAGUGUCACUUUCUAUUUGAGUCCAUGUGUACGUCUUUGUUCCUGUCAUUUUCACUUACAGGUUCCUGUCACACAGUCUGUGUUUAGUGCUUUUAAAUCUUGUUCAUACCUUCUUCUCUCUGCAGUCAGUCAUGGCGGGCGACAUGAUGUUACUGAUGCGAGGCUUGGCUAAGCUGAGCCAGGCGAUUGUAGAGACUCAGGGCAGCACCCUACGCAGUGGGACAGGUAAGUCCAGCACACCUUCAAAUGUGAGGAAGAAACUGAUAAUUUUGUUGUAUGAUCUGUAUCAGGAGAUUAAAAGAGUAUCUUUUAAAAUCCCAGGAGUCCCAGGCGUCGGUGCCGCAGUCCAGGGUGUCCAAGCAGCCGCCGAACAAGGCCUCUCUGCCGCCAUGAUAAAAAUGCAGGUGCGUAUGUUGAAAUCAGGAGCACGGAGUGGCUUAAUUUAAAGAUCUUAAGAGAGUAAUCUGUGUUAUCUGGUAGUUUUCUUAAAGUCAUGGUAUAUUUGUGUCUAUAUAGGAGCUGUCUGGCCAGCAGCAGACCUCCUCCUCCUCCUCAGCUGAGUCAGAGUUCGAUUUUCCUCAGGAUGAAAGUGAAUUUGCAGCGACUGAGUUUAAGGAAGAAGGUGUGGACUUCACAGCGGAUCCAACAAAAGGUAGUGAGGACGCUGGAGUCCAUCACGAGGCGAGCCACGUCAACGGGAAGAAGUCGUUGUUUGAAGGAUACAAAGAUCCCAGUAAGCAGUUCAGUGGACCCAUCAGAUCGUACCACCACGACGCCAGGUAUGAAAAGUCUCCUACAGAAGCUUUAGCCUCAUUUUCAAACGGCAGACAUCUCAUUGCUCAUUGUCAUCCAUACAGGCGUUUAUGGGGGCAGCUAUACAGCCAUCACCAGGUCAGCCAGAUCAGGCGCUACCAUCAGGACCCGUCCACGGUCGGGGGCCUGACAGCUGAGGACAUUGAAAAAGCGAGACAGACCAAGAGAGAUGAGAUCAAACCACACAAACAGAUGGUAACACCUGUUACUCCACUGUUAUACUGUUAUAUAAACACUGAAAUUUUCCCCAAAUACUAAAGAGAGCUGUCUUUCUUCUUCAGCUGAGUGAGAGAGCCAGAGAGAGGAAAGUGCCGGUAACUCGACUCGGCAGACUCGCCAACUUUGGAGGUAUGAUGAUCUGAGUCUUUUUGAAUCUGUGUACCUAGAUGAUUCUGUAUUUUUCUAUCUAUUUCAGUCUGAACAACCAGAGAAACCCCCCCCAAAAAAACAGAAAAUACAAUCGUAGCUAGCAAAAAAAACAAAACAGAAAAUACGAUCUUAGCCUGAAAAAAAAAGAAAAUAUUAUCUAAGUCAGAAAAAAACAAAAUACGAUUUUAGCCAGAAAAAAAAAACAUAAAAUACGAACAAGCAAACAAAAAAAAAAAAAACAGAAAGUAAGAUCGUAGCCAGCAAAUAAAAAAAUUGAAAAUAUGAUCUUAGCCAGCAAAAAUUGAAAAAAACAGAAAAUACAAUCUUAGUCAGAAAAAAAAACAAAGUACGAUUUUAGCCAGCAAAAAAAAAAAAAAAAGAAAAUACAAUCUUAGCCAACAAAAAUAAAGGAAAAUACAAUCUUAGCCAGCAAAAAAAAAAACAACAUAAAAUACGAUCGUAGCCAACCCAAAAAAAAUAGAAAGUACGAUUGUAGCCGGAAAAAAAAAUAAAAAAUAUGAAAAACAAUCUUAGCCAGGAAAAAAAAAAGAAAAUAUUAUCUUAGCCAGCAAAUUAAAAAAAUAAAAUAGAAAAUACGACCUUAGCCAGAAAAAAAAAAUGGUCUUAGCCAGCAAAAUAAAUUAACAAAUUUAUUAAAUAAAAGAAGAAAAUAUGAUCUUAGCCUCAUUCUUGUGCUGUAUAUAAAAGUAAAAAUAAUAAUGUCUCCACUAAUGUGUCCACUUGUUGAUUCGUUAGCCAUGAAAAGUUGCAAAGUUGUUAAAAAUUUGUCGCAAAAUUGAGCCACCAGAGUCUCUGAGAAAUAAUCCUUACCUUCUAAUCCUAAAUCUAAAUCUAACCUACUACCCUUUCUGUAAUCUGGGGUCACGGGGUCCAGAGCAGUUGGUGUUGUUGUAUCAGUGUGUGACCUUCUCAGAGUCUUUGUAGCACUGGAACAACACCUCUGAAUACUUGUAGAGUAUAUAUGACCUUAAAACCAGGCUGAACCCAAAUGAAAAUCACCUUAUUAUUACUUACAGAAAUAAUUAAUAAUUAACGUACGCAGAUAAAGUCCAAAUUGAUAGAUUUCAUACCCUGGAUCGCAUGGUUAAUGUUUUCUUGUUUAAAAACCGACCAGUACUGAGUAAUGUUUUUAUUAUGACCAUAAUAUUGUGACCCAAUUCAGAAAACAAACUCACAUCAACAAGCCUCAAAUGACAGAUAAGAGCCUGUAAAUCAGCCGCUUGUCAAUCUUCUCCAGUCAGACGAAGGAUGAGUGAACAGGUGGCUGAAAGUUAGACCGAAAAGCUUCAAGCGCAGAGCGACGGCAAACGUGAACUGUGUACAACAUACGAACUGGAUUUAAAAUAGAACAAGGAGACGCACAACAAGGCAGAGUGGAGUUGAUUCAGCAUGUUGACAGUGGUAACAUUUAGAAGGUGUCGUGGACAGGAGUAGGGGUGGGGGUGGAGGAAUGUGGCCUCGAACUGUCCUUUACUCUCCUAUUACAACACGGCAAAGUGACAGGAAGACUUUCAGAGUGGUGUUUUUACAAUCACGUGUCAUUAUAAUGGUCAUAUAGACCGAUUGUGGUGCAUCCUCUGAUUCAUUUGAGAACUUGGAGUCUCAGCCUGAUGUUUCCUAACGUGGACUCAGCGACUUCUCUAAAAAAUGACCACUGAAAGGAGCCGCAGUAGAGCCGCAAACGCCCAGGGAUUACACAAGAAAACAGUCGGGGUGAAAAGACUUGAAAAAACAAAAUAAUGUAAAUAUUGUGAAGACUUUAAGAUAAUCAGUGCACAACUCCAGGUGGAAGAAGAGGCUGCAGGUUGUCUCGAGUUUAGAUUAGAAACAAGCUGCAAAUACAUCCAGAGUUUCAUAAAUCUUUCCCCUGGCAACAGUGACUAUGGCAACACCCACUCGCCAAUACAAUGCAUAUUAUUACUUUGGAGAAUUGUGGUGAUUGUUAUGAGGAAAAUGAUUGUAAACGUGUGUUUUUGUCGCUCUAAGUGGCAGAUUAAGUAGCAGGAAAGCAGCCCACAGCACCCGGUCAGUAAACAAGCGUCUAUCUUCGGUGGUUGAUGGACACGUGUGCUUGUCCUGGAAAAGAAUGUGUCACUCAAACACCGAAGGAAACGCUGAUCCCCGUUUGGCUGGGAGUCACACAUGUCGGGGUUACACAGAUAUAGAGUGGCGUGAUGCUGGCUCAUGUUUUUGAGCCUUGUAAAGCAGUCAAAGAUGAAAACGGCGAGAUGACACAGAACAUAAUAAGGGAAAGAUGAGAGAAAGCUAACCCGGGUUAUACGAGGCUACAUGUGCAGUUCACAGCUCAACACCACAUUUCUCAGGAGGUGCUUAGCGGAUCCUCUCUACCUCUGGUCCAACUUUUCUCCCACAAUAGACAUGAUGACACGCUUCUGGUGGAUAAUGAAACACUCGAACACUGCACAUGGACCAGACACUGAAAGCAGACUCUGUUCUGAUCUGUGCAUCCAUGGUCGGGUCUCAGAUUUGUCGCUUCAGAGACCGCUGACUGGGUGGUUAUGUAAUGCUGAGUUAUGUAAGGCAGAGACGGGGCUUGGAGGAACCCGCUUCAAAAAUAGUCUCUGACUGACUCGUGCAGGCUCACGUUAUCUAUUCAUCAUCUUACAGAAAGAUUAUUUAUAUGAUUUCCAUAUCCUCUCUAGGGCGGCAAACGUGCAGCUUGGUGAGCUCUGUCUGCAUAUUUCUGUGGUCAUGAAAUAGUAAACCUGCUCGUUCUUCGUUUCUGUGAGUUCUGCCUGUAUGUUGAGUCAUAUAUUAUUUAGAAAACUUCAUAUAGUCGGUUUAUUUAUAGUCCGGACAGAAUCAGGGGAAAUGCCCUCACAGCGUUAUGGAUUUUGGAUGUAAAGAAAACAAGUUAUUUCUUAAUUUCCUAAAUCAUAGAUGAACUCGGCGGCACAGAGGUGAAGUGGUUAGCACAGCAAGAAGGGUUCAAAUCCGGGUCAGGGCGUUUCUGUGCAGAGUUUGCAUGUUCUCCCUGUGUCUGCGUGGGUUUACUCCGGGGACUCCUGUUUCCUCUCACAUCCCAAAAACAUGCAGAAGUGAUGUUAGGUUAAUUGGCCACUUUCCAAUUGCCCGAUGUGAGCGUGGAUGGUUGUUCGUCUCUAUAUGUCAGCCCUGUGAUGAACUGGCGACUUGUCCAGGGCGUCCUCUGCCUUCGCCCGAAGAUGAUGGGAUAGGCUCCAGCCCCCCCCGCGACCCAGUGAACGGGAAUUAGCGGUAGAAAAUGGCUGGAUGGAUAGAUAAACUCACAGCUUAAAUAAUCUCCUCGCUUCCGUAAACGAUCUCUUUCAGCAAACCAUCAGCUAUUGAUCAGAAGUUGGAUUGAUGAAACAUCUCAGACUGAGCCCUUAACUUCCUGAUAGCACUGUAAUCAAGUCCAAGUGGGUUAACUAUAACAUCUUACCUACUUUUCCAAGUGCAUCUUGGAGCAUGAAGAUGCCUGUUAAAGGCUGAGAAAGCUCUGACAGUGAGUGAACAUAUACGGGUGAACACAUGGGGCCAGCACUGAUUUGAAAACUGAAUAAAAGAACAAUUAAACAGUCUCUUAGUCUCAGUCCUCCUCCUCUUGCUUCCUACAGUCUAAGUUGAAUCCUUAAAACAGCGAUUUGAGUCAGACUGGACUACUAUAAAAUGGGUGUUUCUAACAAACUACUUUAUGAUCCGUAUUUAAUAAUAAAUAAUAAUAAUAAUAAUAAUGCAUCUGAUAUAAUAGCGCUUUAUCAGAGACCCUCAAAGCGUUGGAUCAACCAUUCAUUCGCUCACACAGUCACAACCUUGUGGUGGUAAACUACCUUAGUAGUCACAGCUACCCUGCCAGUUUGCACUUACGGCCUCUCUGACCACCACCACACAACACUCACAAUCAUACACCAGUGGAGGACACACACACUGGGAGCAACAUGGGUUAAGCAUCUUGCCCAAGGACACAACAGACAGACUAGAGAUAGAGGGGAAUUGAACCACCAACCUUCCAGUUAUUGGACGACCGCUCUACCUCCUGCCUCCAAAUUUGUGUAUUUGUGUUUCAAGUCCACAGUAGUAAUAUUAUGUGUGUCUGUUCGUUUUCACCAGGUCUGGCUGUUGGACUGAGUAUCGGAGCUCUUGCUGAAGUUGCCAAAAAGACCAUCAGACACAAUGGUGUGGAAGGUAUUGCAUGCUAACAACUAAUGAAUGAACUUUUGGGGAAAAAUAGAGACAGAGCUGCUUGUAGACAUGGCUUUAAUAACUCCUCUAUGAGAGUUUGCGCCUGUGAUGGUAGGUGGGUCUGUUCUUAUUUACCUUUGGCUCAUGAUAGGAUCAUUCAGCGAUUUUGCAACUGUGUUCCUUCCUGACAGCACAUGUCAGUGCCCAUCCUUCACACAUGUUUCUACAUGCUACACGCUUUCUGUUUGACAACAGAGCGCAAUUAAGCCGCCUCCCUUCCCUAAUAAACAGACAUUCCUGCUCCGCACAGCCAGCCAGUUAAUCUCUAAACGGCGCUAAUCUGAAACACAUACGGCUGUCAAUCUGCAGCGAUUGUGCCUCUGUGUGUCUGCGGCUGUUUAUGUGCGCGACUUAAUCCCAGCAGUGACACUCUUGACACACUCGUAAGUGCGUGUGGGCGGAGUAAAUCUCUAUUAAGGCCUCUGACGACUGCUUUGGUCACACUGAAACCCACUACCUGAUGACCUACUGACACAAAUACAUGCGGACACACAUGUCUGCUGACGUAUACGCACAAACAUAUGCAGUAUGUUGUCGUCAAAGCGCUUAAAGUAAUGAUCAUCAGUGCCAACAACUUCAUCGCAAGGUCGCAAGGACAAUAAAGACAAAGUUUGUGACGAGAGCCGUUUUUUAGUUUGUUUGUUUUGUGUCCCUGCAGGUGAAAAUAAGAAAGGUGUUCUGGACUCCAGCCCCUUCCUGUCAGAGGCCAACGCUGAGCGCAUCGUCAGGACUCUGUGUAAAGUCAGAGGAGCUGCGUUGAAACUGGGACAGAUGCUCAGUAUUCAAGGUGCGUGAGACCGAGAAACACAUAAACACAGAGGAGAUAGAGAUGAGAGAGAGGAAGAGACGGAACAAAAAGAGAAACACUGAGUCUGUCGACAAUAUCCUGAUGUGAUGGUAAAAAAAUAUAAUUCCGCUUCAUCUGGGUUAAAGAAACUCAGUUGUUGAGUCUAAAUCUUGCAUAAGAGCCCAACUCUUCCAUGUCCGUCCGCCUGCAGCACACAGAUCAGCUGUGUGGGUCUGUGAUGUGAAAGUCAACAUGACUUUUGCUCAGUACACUGAGGUUUUGUAAUUUCUUAAAUUGGUGCGUCCAGCAAGCCGAGCUUCUCUACAAAAGGACUGAACUGACCAGACUUAAAGGAGCAUGAACCCCAACAAACUUACAUAAAAACAAAGCAAACAGUCCCUCUAAAGAUCAGCUCAAUGAUUGAUUAUUGUCGCCAAAAAAAUGACACUUCUCAUCUGUCAGAAAGAGCUCAACUGUAAAAGCCGACAGCUGAAAACAUCCUGGCUUAGAGCUCGCGUAGCCAGCUCUGAUAACAGAGAUAAACAGCGAGUUAAUUUUGUUGAUCUCUGAUGUACCCGCUGUCUGACCUGAGCCAGUAACCUUUGUCUGUUGGCAUUCACAGAGUAACUGUAGAGCAUGCCAGGGUAAACUUUACACAACCAGCACAGUGGGGAUGUAAUAAGUUACAACAACAAGAGGAAGAAGAGAGAGACCGGGUGGACUUCACGUUCAUGCACCAUGGCUAUUUGUGAACUGGCACAGGGUUACUUACGACUAUCUGCGGCGGUGACAGGCCGGCCCGUAAAUCAUGAAGCAAAAGGUCAAAAUAGUUUUCUAUAGCUGGACUCUCGCACACAAAUGUUUUCCAUAAAGGGUAAGGUUUAAAGUCUUAGUUGACUGGAGGUAACCGAGGCUGUUGAAACAGAAGCGGAGUACAGUAUAUCUGGAGGUUGAUAACAACUGCUGUGUCCCCUUCCAGCAGCUGACAUUUAGCUGUCGGGGCGUGAAUGUAUACGUGCCGAGAUGAUUGUGCUUCCAACCAUUGUUACCUUUAGCAUCAAUCAGAAAUAGUUCUAACCUUGAGGGGUCUGAAACGAUUUUGAAAAGUAGAUAGUUCUGUUUUAUAACAGUUGGUGGAUCCGUUUCCUUUAAUAACAUUUAAAUUAAACUUUAAAUUGUGAGUAGGUGUGGAGUGCAGUAAAUGCUAAUGUAUUCCUGGAAGUGAGCCAGCUCCAGUGAAGUUGUAGAGCCAGAUAUGGUGGUGGAGAAGAAUAAAUGAUUAAGCUGUUGUUUAAAACGAUAUCACGCCGGAGGCCAUGCUGUUGUUCUGAAUAUUAGCACAGCUUUCAUGUCACACUCCCUCUUGUGUCACAUCGCUUCAUUACAGGAGGGAUUAAAGGGAUCCCUCUCCAAUGAAGACUAGAUUAUCUCCAUGCUUAUUUUGGACAAUCUCCGCCUGUGUUGUGUUUCAGACGAUGCGUUCAUCAACCCUCAACUUGCCAAGGUCUUUGAACGUGUCAGACAGAGCGCCGACUUCAUGCCAAUCAAACAGAUGACAGUAAGAGUCUUUUUUUUUUUGUCUGAGUGCUCGAAAAAGUUAUGGCUUCUUUUAAAUAUAAUGUCAGCAACUUCUUCAGCUGUGCCAACACUCUUGUGAGUCAGGAGAUUAGUUUCUGGAGAUUGGAAAGUGAAAUGUUGUCUUUUUCUUUCCUUAUAAUGUAUUUCAGUUGCCUAACAAUUUUUUAAUCAUUUGCAAACUUUCAGAGUCUGUGUUUUUUGUCAACAUUUUGUAAAAUGCCUCAACUUUUCAGGACCUGGAGUUGUGUUAUGUUACAAUUAUCAACAUUUUUUAUUCACAUUAACUCCACUGUUGAGGAAAAAGUAAAUCACUCACUAAAUAUUGACUGUUCUUGAUCGAUAUAUCGAAUAUGAAAAGCUUCAAAAGGAUCGAUUCUUUGUGUCUGUCUGUAGAAAGCGUUGAACAGUGACCUUGGUCGAAACUGGAGAGACAAGCUGGAGUCGUUCGAGGAGCGCCCAUUCGCGGCGGCGUCCAUCGGCCAAGUUCACUUGGCCAGGAUGAAGGACGGCAGAGAGGUGGCCAUGAAAAUACAGGUAGAGUGCGAGCAUGUGUGUGUACACAGUACAUUCUCAUGUUAUCAUGUUAAACAGCUUGACAGCUCCGGGUUUGUACCUUCAAUUUUCCUCUUCCAAGAAAAAAAAAACUCUGUUUGCAAUCUUAAAAGUAGAAAAGAGGCGACCACUGCUUUGACUUUCAGCCUCUUGUGUGUCCUCCCACACCCACAGUUGAUUGAUUUAUAUUUAAAGUCAUGUUACCAUCUGUGUGUGUUUGUUUUCUGUCUCCAGUACCCCGGUGUAGCUCAGAGUAUCAACAGUGAUGUCAACAACCUGAUGACAGUGCUGAACAUGAGCAAUGCCUUGCCUGAAGGUAAAUACAUAAACUCUCUGUCAUGCAUGCAAAGAGAAGCGUGAGUUGUGUGUAUACUGCAAAUGCAACACGCACAAGGUGAGGAAUCUGACGUGUGCUUUUCAUCUGCUUUUGUAGCCGUGGCUCCUAAAAUAUUUCAUUGACUUGUAACGGCGUGUCUGACAUCCUCUCCUUUCUUGUUUUCUUUUUUUUUUCUGUAGGUUUGUUUCCAGAACAUCUGAUAGAUGUGAUGAGGAAAGAGCUGGCGCUAGAGUGCGAUUAUAUCAGAGAAGCCCAGUGUGCAAAGAAAUUCAGGUGAGUUGUGUGUUUGUUGAAACAGUGUAGACAGACAAAUAAAUCUGAAUUGACACAUACAAGCUUAAAACUUACUGUUCAAUCUUUAUUUUGAACCAUUCAUUCAUAGAUUUAUCGUAUUUUUAGUCUGAGGUGACUCCCUUUAUGGACUAACACCUCUAAAUGGAUUGUCUUUGUCUGACCCAGAGAGCUUCUGAAGGACCAUCCGUUCUUCUACGUCCCCGAGGUGAUCGACGAGCUGAGCAGCAGUCACGUUUUGACGACAGAGCUGGUCCCCGGGUUUCCCCUGGACCAGGCGGAGAGCCUCUCACAAGAGCUGAAGAAUGAGGUACAGCAGAUGAAAUAGACCUGAAAAGGAAUUUAGAGAUAUUCGGGUCAGAACCAGGCUAUGUUUUCAGAGUUGUUCGCUCCCUUUUCCUCCUUUAACCAUGUAUAACACACUUUGCAUGUUUGUUUCUCAGAUCUGUAUGAACAUCCUCAUGUUAUGCCUCAGGGAGCUGUUUGAGUUCAGGUACAUGCAAACAGACCCAAACUGGUCCAACUUCUUCUAUGACCCACAGACCCACAGGGUGAGUUUCUCUGCUGACAUCCACUAUAAAUAGAUAUUUAUGACUCUUAACAGGAAAACUAAACAGGAUAUAUCACUUUACUGGCUCUCUCUAGGUGGCGCUGUUGGACUUUGGGGCCACAAGAGGAUUUGAUCAGAGUUUCACAGACGUCUACAUAGAGGUAAGAGCAGCCUGUUAAACAUACUUUUUUAUUAUUAUUAUAAACUGUAAUGUAAGUUUUAUUCCAACUAAGCAUUCAUGCCCUGUUCGUGAUUGCAGAUCAUCCGCUCAGCUGCAGAGGGCGAUAGAGAGGGAGUUCUGAAGAAAUCUAUUGAGAUGAAAUUCCUGACUGGUUAUGAAUCGAAGGUAAAAUUACCUCUUUGUGUGUCUGUUACAAACCACAGCUGUAAAUGUGGUCUCUGUCUCACCGUAACUAGGAAAGAAGUUUCCACAGUGUUGAUGUGAUUUAGAAAUGGUCUCAUCUGAUUGUUUAUCCAUGAGAGUGCAGUCCAACUUCAUUAUUUACAAUACUUUUAGCACUGUCUGCAGUAGCACCAAACAGAGAAUUGGUAAUAAUGUACUUAAUAGCAGUGGUUCUCAACUGCUCUCACUCUGGGAUCCACAUUUUCCCACGGUCCUUAAGUUGCGACCCACUUUUUUAAAAUUCAAACCAAGUAAAUGUAUUUUUUAGAAAAAAAAAAAUCCCUUAAAAACUCAAAUCUUUAACAUUAAUACACCGUAUUUCAGAGCACAUGAACUGAGGAUGACUACUACUAAAGUUGCAUAUACAAAAAAUAUCAAAUUGCACAAAAUAAAGACCAUAAAAAAAAAAAAAGUAUCUUUACUGCAUUCAGGCCACAUUAAUAAGAACUCGAGGAGGACUACAAGAUAACGCAUGCCUUUCAAAAUAAGCUACAUUUCAAAAUAAAAGACGUCUAACAUCAGAUGCGCAUUAAAUAUUGACUUUUUUGACCAGCUGUUCGCGACCCAUCCAGAACGUAGCCGUGACCCACUCACCCACCAGUUGAGAACCACUGCUUUUAUAGCACAUAUAGAACACGGCAUUCUCAUUCCCACAUUAUUGACUGGUAUAUCAUUCCCCUGAACGAGCUCUGUGUUUUCUCCCUCUCUCUCAGGCGAUGAUUAAUGCCCAUGUAGAUGCUGUUAUGAUCCUCGGUGAGGCCUUCGCCUCCACAGACAUGUUUGAGUUCGGUUCCCAGUCCACCACCGAGAGAAUCCACAACCUCAUCCCCGUGAUGCUCAAACAUCGGCUAACCCCGCCUCCAGAGGAGACGUACUCGCUGCACCGCAAGAUGGGCGGCUCGUUCCUCAUCUGCUCCCGGCUGAACGCCAAACUGCGGUGUAAGGACAUGUUUCAGAAUGCUUACGAUAAGUACUGGGAAGGCCGCACGCCGCCGUCUAACUCGGCCUGAGUCUGCCGCCGUUUGUCAGGUGUUUUCAUUGACAGAACCUGGGGCCAACAGCAAAGUGCAAGUCAGCGGUGUGAAGACAUGAAACUCCAAGGCCGUGUCACCCAGCAUUAAAAGGUCAUGGAGCACCUUGUUUUGGGCAACCCUGCACGCACAUUGAGCUUUUGACAGACACUUUAUCCAUAUCGGCGAUCAUCAUAUCUUGUAGGAACGGGAGCAGCAGCAGCAGCACAGUAUCUGGAGUGCUUUAAGGCCAAAGUGAGGAAAGCACCGCGAUGAGGGAAACAAACAGAAGAGGUGUUUCAUGAAUGUAAAGAAGUUGGAAGUUUAUCUCUCCUCUUGUGUUUUUAACAGGGCUUUCGCAUUUGCUUGUCGUGUUUUGUAUUGUCGUGUUUUGUUGCGCCGUUGCUAAAUUGCACCAACAGCCCUGUUUGCAAGACAAAACACUACUUACCUAUUUCUCAACUCUCUGUUACAUGACGAUAACACCGCUACCAACAUGUCUGCUUCACAAAUAUUUGCUACUGUUGCCUUUUGGGUAAGUUUGAUACGAUUGUGUAGAUAUUAAUAAUAAUAAUAAUAAUAAGGCUAAAUGUAGCAGUUUCUAUUUUGACACAGACGCGAGUCGAGACGUCGCAAAGUAAUCAAGGUUUAUAAUAGAAAAGGGUUCUGCCUGAAGUUUUCAGCAUUCACACACACAAAGAAGUCGAACUUUUACUUGUUUGUGUACGCUCUAUUGUGUAUAAACCAUCCAGACUCUACAUACUGUUUGUAGCUUUUGGUCGGGAUGCUUUUUUAAACUCUCAAAUCUCCUUGAAUGACUGUUAAAAUGACAAUCAAAAUCACCUGUGUUAUGUUUCCACUGUGGGUAAUUAUGGUCUACAGAUGGUUUGUCUCAAAGACCUGAUUUAAGUAACUCCCUCAGAAAUAAUCCUGAUGCAACUUUCUUUUUCACAAACCAAAGCAUGAUUUCCUCUGCACAACCGAAUCAAGAAAUAAGACUCUAUAGAUCUGUGUUACUCACUGUCAGCAGAUGAGGACCCGUGUCGGCACGGUCUGAAUGUUAAUCAGCUACAGAUGUGGAAAAAGCUCAUCCUGAUAUUGCACAUGCUCUACUAAACUGGCCCACCUUUUUUUCCCUUUCCACUUGUCGGCAAUCGCUGCACGCCUCCUCGGGUGUGAAAUCCUUCAUCACCUGGCUGGUGCGCACCUGUGAAAGUUCUCUCUGCUCUGCUGUGUGAAUACAAACUAUACUGGUGUCUGGUGUGAAGCUGAAAAACAGAAAAUUUGAUAAAAAAUUUAAAAAGAGGUGCCUGUAGUUACCAGCGGGAGAUUUUUAGCUAGAGAUGUUACCUAUAUUUCAUAUCAAGACUUGGUGAAAAGAUGGUUUAAAUUUUCUAUCUGAGAGGCAUUCUUUGCUGAUGUUGUGAAGAAGAUAUUGUUUUAAAGGAAAGUAAAUGUCUGAUCUAUACUUGU